CGGCUUCACCCACAUGGGCCUCCGGACAAGCUCUUCACAUCCCGUCUGACCGAUGAAUUCGGGAUCUGGGUAAUUCAGGAUUCUGCUGCUUUCGGGGCAAAACGCUGACGAUUCGGCCAUGGGCGACCCAGAAGCGAGUGGUCUCGACAACCAAGAGAGGACACCUGAAAGUAGGAAGCGGUACAGCGAGAUAUUCCGGAGCCUGGAUGCCAUCGAGAUCUCCAUCGGGAACACGGCGGUUGAUAUGUUCAUUGGUGAUGCUGCCAGCGCCGACACAGACCUGAUCACAGAAAAAGAGAGUGUUCCGUUGAAUGAAAAUUCCUGCAAGACAAAAACCAGUUCAGAGAGGCAAGCGCCGGCGGAUAUAACAGUUCAGGAGGCAGAUGAAAUGCUGAUCAAAUGCGAAGGCGGCAUCGACGCCGCCCUGGAAUAUGCCAAAAUGUGGUGUAAAUACGUCAAAGAGCUGCUCAGCUGGAUGGAGAAACGCCUGAGCUACGAGACCGAGUUCGCCAAAGGGAUGGUGAAGAUCGCGGAGUCGGGGCGCAAUGCCAUCUGCCAGCAGCACAACAUGCCCCUGCGAGCGCUCUACACGCUGGUCCUGGAGCACGACAUCAAGGUGGGCAGUUCCGCAGGCGAGACGGUGGGGUUGCUGCAGCAGAAGGAGUUUUAUCAGCCUCUGUCGGCCAAGAAAAACGAAAUCGAGAAAUGGAGGAAGGAAUUCAAAGAUCAGUGGACAAAGGAGCAAAAGAGGAUGAAUGAAUCCUUGGCGUCCCUGCGCAAGUCGCGCCUGCAGUACGCGCAGCGCUGCGAGGAGCUGGAGAAAGCCAAGCUGCUGAGCGCCAGGGCGGAGGACGAGCACCAGAGCGCGGCCGGUGCCAACACCGGCAGCGCCAACAAGCAGCUAGAGAAGCGCCGUCGAUCCUGCGAGGAGGCACAAGCCAAGGUUCAGGAGGCCGAAGCGUUGUACAAGACGUGCAUCGGCGACGCCAACUUUCGGCGGCAGGAGCUGGAGAAGGUGCGAGCGCGGAUCGUCUCCCACGUCCGGAAGCUCAUUUACCAAGGGGACGAGGUGCUGACGUGGGUCACUUUGAGGAUGUUCAAGCAGCGGCAGACGCAGUCGGAACAGAUUCCGCUGGGCUACCAGUACCUGUCUGAGGUCUGCAAGCCGUACAAAGCGGGCGAGAAGUACCUGGAGUUCAUUCAGGCCCUGCAGAAGAAAGACGUUCACGUGGAGGUGUUUGAGUUCGAGCCCCUCGCUCCCGGGGGGCAGAGGUCCCCUCCCAGUGGUAGAAAGAAGAUGGUGCUGCAUUCCAGCGGCGCUUCUCCUGCAGCAAAGGACACGAACGCGCCAGAAGAUCGGCCCAGAAAGCAGCUCCACGCCAACGACGAGCAGAGUGUGAACAAAUCCCUGUGCAGCGACACCGAAAGUCUCGGGGGCAGCUGCGAAUCCCGGUCGCUGGACUCUCCCGGUUCCAGCCCAGGAAACUCUAAUAGGAGGUUGCUGAAAGCUCCAUCCACCGGCACCGUGUCCUCCUCGGAUGAUUUUGAAGAGAGGGAUUCCCUGCAAACCCUUGAAAGCGAAAACGGUACAUCCCAGCAGCAGUUUAAGAACGUCCUGCUCUCCGGCGCGGCGCAGACCCACCGGCUGCGGAAACUGCGGGGCCCAUCCAAGUGCAGGGAGUGCGACACCUUCAUGGUCAGCGGCUUCGAGUGCGAGGAGUGCUGCCUGGCCUGCCACAAGAAGUGCCUGGAGAACCUGCUCAUCACCUGCGGCCACAAGAAGCUGCCCAACAGAGUCCCCCUGUUCGGCGUCGACUUCACGCAGGUGCCACGGGAUUUCCCAGAAGAAGUUCCCUUCAUCGUGGUGAAAUGCACCUCGGAAAUCGAAGCCCGUGCCCUCGGGGUGCAGGGGAUCUAUCGGAUAAGCGGCUCCAAAGCGCGGGUUGAAAAGCUGUGCCAGGCGUUCGAGAACGGCCGGAGCCUGGUGGAGCUCUCCGAUCACUCCCCCCACGACAUCACGGGGGUCCUGAAGCAUUUUCUGAAGGAGCUUUCGGCACCGGUGCUGCUGUCCCAGCUCUACAACGACCUCAUCGCGCUCGCCAAGGAGCUGCAGAAACCCGGGGAUGAGAAGCCGGAGCGCGCGGGCGUCCCCGCCGAUCCCGUCCAGAGCAUGAAGGACUUGCUGAGCAAAUUGCCCGGGAGCAACUACAACACCCUGCGGCACCUGAUUGCGCACUUGUACAGGGUGGCAGAGAAAUACGAAGAGAACAAGAUGUCCCCAAACAACCUGGGCAUAGUGUUCGGGCCGACUCUGCUCCGGCCGGGCUCCGGGAGCGACGGCUCCAUGUCCUGCCUUGUCGACUCCGGCUACCAAGCCCAGAUUGUGGAGUUCCUCAUUCAGAACUACGAGAGGGUGUUUGGGAUGGACGACCUGCCGUCCUCCUUGUCCCUCGGCUGUGAAAAUCCCUCGCAAGAAGCGUCGAUGGCAAAGGAUGAAGGACCUCAUUGCCCUGACAUGGCCCAGAAUGCGAGCCUAGAGAAUCUCUCCUCCGAACGCGGUUUAACCGCCGACCAUGACGACUCGUCUUGCAGGGGAGCCGUGGACGAGCUGACUCUGGAGGGAGCCCACAUCCCAUCAAGCGCAGAUGCUUUAGACAUGAACACAAGCGUUGGCUCUGAGCGGGAGGAGCUACAGGAAAAGACAGACGGCGAUUCGGACGCGGUCCCAGCAACCCAGCCCAGGUGCCAUUUCACCCGGCAACCUGUAAAAUACAUCCGACCGCAGGCGAAAAUAAAAGCGGCCAUCCCCAGGGCUACCGCGUUAACCAACGUGGUGACCGAGUCCGGCGCAGAAAGCGGCUCUACCGGUGGGUCCGUGGCAAUGGGUGUCCCGGAGGAGAGCGGGAGCGGGGACAGCGACACCGCGGCGCUGCGGCAGCGCUCGGGAGGGUGGCAGCAGCUCAAGCGCUUCGAGAUCACGCAGGAAACCGCGCGGAUCGUCUCCAAGUUCAGAGGCGACGAGGCUUCGGCACCAUCCGAGAAUCCUCCGGAGAGCGCGGGGGCUGCGGGGAGAGCGGAGGAGAUCAACCAGGGGACGUAUCUGUAGGGAAACCCCAAGGGGAACAGAAAAUAGACAUGGAAAGGGAGAGGCGACCGAAAUCCUGAGUCUGCUGGCCAAAGGAAUAGCGAUAGGAUGAGAAAAGCGACCUGUUUGUAUUCCCCACGCAGGCCGGCGGGCUUGGAGUUAACCUGGGGUUUGGGUUUUAUUCGUGAACAAACCCAGGGGAGCGAUGCCGGGUCCUGCACUGUGGCCACAACACCCCCUGCAGCGCUCCGGGCUGGGCACAGAGUGGCUGGAAGGGACCUGGGGGGACUAAUGGCCAGGAAGCUCAACAGGAGCCACCAGUGUGGCCAAGAAGGCCAAUGGUGUCCUGUCCUGGAUCCAAACGGCGUAGUCGGCAGGACAAGGGCAGUGAUGCUUCCCCUGUGCUCUGCAUUGGGGAGGCCACACCUGGAGUGUUGUGGUCAGUUCUGGGCCCCUCCGGUCAGGAAAGAGAUUGAAGUGCUGGAGCGGGUCCAGAGAAGAGCAACAAGACUGGGGAAGGGACUGAACACAAGACCCAUGGGGAGAGGCUGAGGGAGCUGGGCUUGGUUAGGCUGGACAAGAGGCUUAGAGGUGAGCUCAGCACUCUCUAGAACCACCUGAAGGGAAGUCGGAGCCAGGGGGGAUUGGGCUCUUCUCCCAGGCACUUCGCAAUAGGACAAGGGGGCUUCAACUUAAAUUUAGGCUGGAGAUUAGGAAGCAAUUCUUCACAGAGAGUGGUCAGGCAUUGGAAUGGCUGCCCAGGGAGGUGCUGGACUCACCGGCCCUGGAGGGUUUUAAGCUGAGAUUGGACAUGGCGCUUAGUGCCGUGAUCUGGUAAACGGGCUGGAGUUGGACCAAGGGUUGGACUGGAUGGUCUCUGAGGGCUUUUCCAGCCCAGUCCAUUCUGGGAUUGAUUCUGUGAUGAGAAGCGAAGCAAAGGGAACGUGCCCCUCUCGGCGUGGAGAAUGACACGAGAAGCCGGGGAAACACGGGUUGAAAGGUGGAGGCAGCUGGAAUAGAGGCCGUCGGAUAGAAAACAUUCUGAAACGGGUCAUUUUCUGGCAGUGCAACAAGCGCCGAUGAAUUUAAAAGCGAAAACAUGACGCUUACCCCAAGCAGGUUGAACAAUCCACACGUUUCCUUUGUGUCAUUGCCAGGCUGUUAGGAAACUGGACCAAAACGUAAAGCUGUAGAAGAAACGCUAAGCAUCUGUCCUUAGUCUUCGUACAGUUCAGGCUCGAGAGGGUUUGCAUCUCCGGAGCAAUGUAUAUUUGUUAAUGGAAUGCUUUGAAUUCUUGAAUCCUAAAUUAUCUUGUACUGUAGAACUUCUGUGAAUAAACUAUGGGGUGUUUUAUUAUUA